AUGGCUUCAACAACCCGUUUCUUUUUCAUGCCUCCUACGAUGAUUCAACCACCAACAAUAUCGACAAAAUUAAAAACAAAACGACGAUGUUGUACUUCAUUUUAUAUUACUGAUAUACUCGGUAAUUGUAGUCGAUCACCAUCACCAACAUCUGCAAAUAAUAAUAAUAGAAAUCAUCUAACAUCUAAUAUUGUCAAAGAUGGUGAAAGUAUGGAUGAUGAUGAUACAAUACUACAUGAUAGUGAUGAUGAUGAUUCUGAUAUUGGUGAAGAAACAAGUACAUCGGAUAGUGGUGGUUGUCAUGGUAUGAAUGGUAGUACAUUAAAAACUAAUAAGAAGCCACGCAAAGCACGUACUGCAUUUACAGAUCAACAAUUAAAUUGUUUAGAAAAAAGUUUUGAAAGACAAAAAUAUUUAAGUGUACAAGAUCGUAUGGAACUUGCUGCUCGUCUUAGUUUAUCUGAUACACAAGUUAAAACAUGGUAUCAAAAUCGAAGAACUAAAUGGAAACGACAAGCUGCUGUAAGCUUAGAAUUUCUUGAACAACAAGGUAGUAUUGCUGCUGUUCAUCGAUUACUUCAACAUCAUCAUGCUAGUACUGGUGUUGGUAAUCCACAUUAUCCAUUAUGGUAUUCACCUUAUUUAACAUCAUCUACUACAGAUCCUUUAUUUGCACUUCAACAACAAUUAUCAAGAGAUAAAAAUAAAACUUUAUCGGAAUCAUCAUCGUCAGCCAUAACUAGCCCGAACAAAUCUGUAUAG